GGCGCGUCUCGAGCUCGCUCGCCCGCUCGCCUCCCGCCUCCCUUUCUCCCCCUCCAGCUCCGCGGGCUCCGUGCGCCUCUCCCUCUCCCUCCCGGUCCUCCCGCUGCCCGUCUCUCGCCACUGCCCGCCUCUCGCCACUGCCUCCCGUCCUCUCUCCCUCGCGGCAGCCUCCGUCUCUUUCUCCCUCUCUCCUUUGAAAACUGAUCUUUGGCUCUUAGUGUGAAAGUGAUUUGAAUUUGGCUCGGCGGCGCUCUGCGCCUGCGCCCAGCCUCUGGCAUGCUGGCUCCUUCCAAGCAGCUGUUUUGGGUUUGAAAUUCCAACAUGGCAGAGGCUGCAGUCCGUCUUCCCUUCAAAAACUUGGAAUGAUUUCAAAUCAUAGGCACCUUCACUUAACCCUCGCUUCCAUUCAUCAGCAAACACAUCGGAUCGAUGCUACGCUAACCUAUCGGGUUCUCGCUCCGCGCGUUCAGGUUAAAUGAAUACCUGACGAAAGGGCCCACGUUUCAAGGCAGUGACAUUUGAUAGCUGAGAGGAAAAGUGGCUUUAAUGAAAAGCAACCUUUGGAAUUCCUGCUUGUGAGAAAUCCAAUUCAGCUUUUUGUGCUGCCAGCAAGAAAUGAUCAGUAGCACCAGUGUUUAUGAUCGGAUGUCAUAUUCUAAGGCAAGGCAUUAUCAGGAAAUGGACUGAGAAAGCUUCCAGACCCAAUGGGCUUGAAGAUGCAGUGGACGCCUGAGCAUGCCCAGUGGCCAGAACAGCACUUUGACAUCACCUCGACCACGCGGUCCCCUGCCCACAAAGUUGAAGCCUACAGAGGUCAUUUGCAGCGCACCUAUCAGUACGCCUGGGCGAAUGAUGACAUAUCUGCUCUGACUGCAUCCAACCUACUAAAAAAGUAUGCAGAGAAGUAUUCUGGUAUUUUGGAAGGUCCUGUGGACCGACCUGUACUCAGCAACUAUUCAGAUGCACCAUCAGGCCUCGUGAACGGUCGGAAAACUGAAAGCGAACCCUGGCAGCCUUCCUUGAAUUCAGAAGCUGUUUAUCCUAUGAACUGUGUCCCAGAUGUCAUCGCUGCCAGCAAAGCUGGAGUCAGUUCAGCCCUCCCUCCAGCAGAUGUCUCUGCAAGUAUAGGGAGCUCUCCUGGGGUGGCCAGCAACCUGGCAGAACCUAGUUAUUCAAGUAGUACCUGUGGAAGCCACACUGUACCUAGUCUUCAUGCAGGGCUCCCAUCUCAGGAAUAUGCCCCAGGAUACAACGGAUCAUAUUUGCAUUCUAGUUAUAGUAGCCAGCCAGCACCUGCACUUCCUUCACCUCAUCCAUCUCCUUUGCAUAGCUCUGGGCUCCUGCAGCCACCGCCACCACCUCCUCCACCACCAGCUCUGGUCCCAGGCUACAAUGGGACUUCUAAUCUCUCCAGUUACAGCUAUCCCUCUGCUAGCUAUCCUCCUCAGACUGCCGUGGGGUCUGGGUACAGCCCUGGGGGUGCACCGCCACCCCCUUCAGCGUACCUGCCUUCAGGAAUUCCUGCUCCCACCCCCCUGCCCCCCACCACCGUUCCUGGCUACACCUACCAGGGCCAUGGUUUGACACCCAUUGCACCCUCGGCUCUGACAAACAGUUCGGCAAGUUCUCUCAAAAGGAAAGCUUUCUACAUGGCAGGGCAAGGAGAUAUGGACUCCAGUUAUGGAAAUUACAGCUAUGGCCAACAGAGAUCUACACAGAGUCCUAUGUACAGAAUGCCCGACAACAGCAUUGCAAACACAAAUCGGGGGAAUGGCUUUGACAGAAGUGCUGAAACAUCAUCCUUAGCAUUUAAGCCAACAAAGCAGCUAAUGUCCUCUGAACAGCAAAGGAAAUUCAGCAGCCAGUCCAGUAGGGCUCUGACCCCUCCUUCCUACAGUACUGCUAAAAAUUCAUUGGGAUCAAGAUCCAGUGAAUCCUUUGGGAAGUACACAUCGCCAGUCAUGAGUGAGCAUGGGGACGAGCACAGGCAGCUCCUCUCUCACCCAAUGCAAGGCCCUGGACUCCGUGCAGCUACCUCAUCCAACCACUCUGUGGACGAGCAACUGAAGAACACUGACACGCACCUCAUUGACCUGGUAACCAAUGAGAUCAUCACCCAAGGACCUCCAGUAGACUGGAAUGACAUUGCUGGCCUCGACCUGGUGAAGGCUGUCAUUAAGGAGGAGGUUUUAUGGCCAGUGCUGAGGUCAGAUGCAUUCAGUGGACUGACGGCCUUACCUCGGAGCAUCCUUUUAUUUGGACCUCGGGGGACAGGCAAAACAUUGCUGGGCAGAUGCAUAGCUAGUCAGCUGGGGGCCACGUUUUUCAAAAUUGCUGGUUCUGGACUAGUCGCCAAGUGGUUAGGAGAAGCAGAGAAAAUGAUCCAUGCCUCUUUUCUCGUGGCCAGGUGUCGCCAGCCCUCCGUGAUUUUCGUUAGUGACAUUGACAUGCUUCUCUCCUCCCAAGUGAGUGAGGAACACAGUCCAGUCAGUCGGAUGCGAACCGAAUUUCUGAUGCAGCUGGACACUGUACUAACUUCAGCUGAGGACCAAAUCGUAGUCAUUUGUGCCACGAGUAAACCAGAAGAAAUAGAUGAAUCCCUUCGGAGGUACUUCAUGAAACGACUUUUAAUCCCACUUCCUGACAGCACAGCGAGGCACCAGAUAAUAGUACAACUGCUCUCACAGCACAAUUACUGUCUCAAUGACAAGGAGUUUGCACUGCUCGUCCAGCGCACAGAAGGCUUUUCUGGACUAGACGUGGCUCAUUUGUGUCAGGAAGCAGCGGUGGGCCCCCUCCAUGCCAUGCCAGCCACAGACCUCUCAGCCAUUAUGCCCAGCCAGCUGAGGCCCGUUACGUAUCAAGACUUUGAAAAUGCUUUCUGCAAGAUUCAGCCUAGCAUAUCUCAAAAAGAGCUUGAUAUGUAUGUUGAAUGGAACAAAAUGUUUGGUUGCAGUCAGUGAUAACUCCUUUGACAAAAAAAAAAAAAAAUGUGGUGAAUGUUGGCACACACACAUAAAACCCACUACAUAGGGAAUAGAGGCCCUUUCCAGUAGUGUUUAAAUUGCAAAGGGUUCGGGGGAAGAUGACAAUUAAGUUGCAUCUUUAGCGUCAGGGUAGAUUUGGAGGAAAUGUGCAUCACAUAAGAGCUUCUGAUUUGAAAAACCCCAGAUGACAGAAAUUACAUGCGGAUGCUCAGUUCGGUUCAAGCUAGACAACACUCACCAAGGAGCAAGGUGCAAGUGUGUUGAUUUCAGAAGGACAUGAACCUCGUGUGUUGAUUCCAUUCUGCUGUUCUCGAGAUUUAGUUGCUGUCAAGUGCCUGGAGUGGUGCUUUAUUUUUUGUUUGCCUCACAAUUACAUUGGUGGCAUGUGCUAAUAUAAAGAGCUUUAACUUCAAACAUUAUUGGACUAAAGAGAUGAACGGUUGUGUUAUGACAGAAAACCAGAUUUUUGCCAUUUUAAGAGCAACAGUAUUCCUCAAUCCUGUCUGUUCUGCAGUAUUAAGCUAAGAACAGGUAAAACAGGGUAACGGUAAUCUGGACCUUAAUUUCUGCAGUUCAUUUCUUUUAAUGUUCUUGUCUGCAAAAACUCAGGAAAGUGAUUGUGAUUUGUACAGUACCUCAAAGGAAUGUGUUGAAAGCACUAUGUACUUCUGAGAGUAAUGGGAUAGGCUUCGGUGUUACUUUAUAUUAAAAUGUAUGUUUACCUCAACAAUUGGAAGAUAGCAAGAAAAAUUACUUUGAAUGUAUCCAGAGAAAUACUGAAGUGUGAUACAGUUGAAUAUUUACAAUUUAAAGUAGAAAUGGAGGGAUUGAGAAAAAAAAAAAAGAAUAGUUCUUUUACGAAGGAUGGGAAAUUAACCAGAGCAGAAUAAUUCUUCAUGUCAAUAACUGCAAGAGUUCUUAGUACAUUGCUCCUUGAUAAUUAAGUGAAGAUGUUCUUAAAAGCUACACUGGUUAACGGAAAGCUACUUAUUCAGUUUGUGUUAGUGUCUGGGACAGUCAGCCACAAGGCCUCUUGGGGACCCUGAAAAGUCACAGUACCUGAAAACUAGAACUGCCCUUGACUGCGUAGGCGAUGAUGGUGGCGGUGGUGGUUUGCAAGUUCUCUCAAAACUGCUGGGAAUUGUGUCAUUCUAUUCACUCAACUAGCUUACAGGCUUGCCGUGCUGUUUGAUAGAAUGCAGAGGAUAGCAACCAAAACAAACACACAAAUAAAUCAAAGCGGAAACCAACCAACCACCCAACUGCUAUAGAUCCACAAAGAACCUCUGUAUUUCCUCCCCUCUGCGAGUCCACUCUUGUCAGUGCAGUUUUGCUUCUCAUUUUGAAAUCUGGGCUGCAGUGCUCCUGUGUUUAUUUCUACCUCAGUUUUGUUACAUUUCUCUCAGAAAGUGAAGUAGAAAAUUGGAAGUGGACACACACACACACACACACAUCCUGCAAUAUAGCUUGCCAAAUACGUUGCUUGGGUUGCCCCCAUCUUUCCCUUUCCCCGUGAAAUCUGGUUUCCAAAAGCAACAGUCUUUUGCCGACUUCCCCCUCAGCCCAGUGCACCCCUCUCUUGGCAUUUGUGGCAUUUUUCUUAAUUUUCCAUUUCUCUCCUGUUCCCCAUGCAGCUGUUCUUUAUACCUUUUAAUGCUUUAUGUGCAACUUCUCAUUGAUAGCUGGCUGAUGUUAGGCAAUGCCUCUGAACAGUCACUAUGCAGGCUGUAGCUCCCUAAAGCCACUGGCCGUGCAUAAGCAGAACAGCCUGGCUUAUUGAAUGUAUGUCCUGUUUCUGCCCACCCUCCACCCCGACCCUGCUCCUUUUUAAGUUUAGAGAUGCAGUAACAGAACUGUGGCAAAGCACUGGCAUUUUAUGUAUUCAAUAAGUAAUGUACAUUUUUAAAAAAGAUUUAAAUAAAUGCAAUGAGAAGCCCCAAGAAAGGUCUUUCUGUUAUUUUUUUUCUUUGAAAAUUUUUACUGCUCUUAUCCACAGUGUCAAACUCUCUGAAAUGCUUCACAGAAAAAGCUAGCGAGGGAUUUUGUGAUCUUUCUGAAAUUGUAUGAUACUUGAUCAUCACUCCCCCUUUUUAUUUUUUGUGUUGCUAAAAACUGAGCAAGUGAACCAGAAUUUAAUUUACUAUGAUAUUCUGUCAAUUAAAACUGUGCUUAUAUAUAAAAUAUUCCAUUUUAAAAAGUGGUGCCUUUCAUUAAGGAUACAAAAAACAAAUACCUAAGUAUGUCCUUUGCUUUUCAACACUACAAUCGUGUUCUGGGUCUACCCUGUGCAUCCCUCGUCGUAAGGAAAUUCUAAUAUCCCCAUUAACUUGUAGGUCCAUAUUGAUCUCUCUGACAAGUUUACUUUUGCACCGUGCUGACCUAUUUUCUUUCAGACAUUGCAUUUCAUUUCCGCCAACAUGCUGUGUUCACUUGAAAGCAUCUGGCAAGUUUUGACAAACUCAGUCUUAUUUAGACAACUUUGGAAAAUCCAGUAUUGACCCACAUUUUUUUGUGGCUAGUGAGACUUAAUACCAAAUAUAUGACUGCACUAUGGUGUUUUACACUCAUUUGUGAAGUGGAAAAUUGAAGUCAUGCACAUUGGCUUUUAGCUUUAAGUGACUUAAAAAUUCAAAAAUCUAUGUAUUUAGAAGAAGCUGGAGUUGUGUGUGGUUUUUCCCUUUAGCCUCACAAAUUAUAGGAUUUGAUCCCUUAGGAAAUGGGGCAAGUUGAAGAAAUGAAGAUGUGUUGGAAGAAAUAAGGCUGACCUUUGAGUAAGAGUGCAGUGCUCUCCUAUGAUUCUUUGAUUCUGCAUGGCGGCAGCAUCUUGAGCUCUUCAAUAGACCAAUCUAAUAAUGAGCUCUUUUCUGACCAUCCAUUUUGGAGCUGGGGUACCAUCAGUGAUAGUACAACUGAGUAAUCAGGCUUCAUCCUCCUGGCCUUUUUUUGACUGCUAAAAAUUUGGAGAAGGCUACUAAUGAAGGUAAGAUAAUAAGCCAGUCCAAAUCCCUUGCUGUCUGGCCAGGAGACUGAGCCAGUCCACUUAACUGCCCCUAAUUCCCUUCCUCACAACUGCAAUAACAUUUCCUACAGGGAUGGAAAGGAAGUGAAGGAAACUACUUCAGUAGAAAGAUCAAUAGAAAUCCAAGAGGUAAUUCAUAAUGACCUUAUAUGUAACACAAAUGGAAAUACUCCACACUUCUGGCAUGCUUCUUUCCAAAAUAUUUAGAACAUUAGUGACAAUAUGGAAAACUUUGCUGACUGAGCUGAUCAAUGGAAUGUGAAGGCAGUAUACUUUAAGGCUAUUUACUUUCACACAGAAUGUUUAUCUAUUAAGUCAGUUUGUAUUCUACUCAAAUGCAGAUAGACGGGUAUAAUGUUUUCUUGUGCAUUUGAAACCUAUCAAGGAGAAAAUAAACCAUUCCACUAAAAUACAUAGGCCAAACACCAUCUGGGCAAGUGAUAAAAGCUAUCCAGAGGCUAUGCUAUGUAAAAUAGCAGGGUCAAUUUACAUGGGUUGCAUAGUACUUGGCUAUGCAGUUUUCAGAGGAGUAUGUCAAAAAACAAAUCCAAAUUAAUUCUUACAAUAAGUCUUUGUAAAUUUAAACAUAUUUGGGGUUGGAAAGUAUGUUUUAGAGGCAUUUAAUUUUUUUUCUCUGAAAAUAUAUCCAACUCCAAGCAGAAAGACACUUCUAUAUUCGCAUUCUCAUAUUUCUUAGCAAAAAUUGGGUAUCAUGAUCAUCGAAUAUGUAGUUUGCAAAGUGAAAGGGACACCGUUUGUUGAACUAUCGAGGCCACUAAAAUAAAGAUCUAAUAUAUAUAUAUAUAUAUAUAAAUAUAAUUAGUGUGUGCGUUUGUGUGUGUAUGUGUGUGUGUGCUGUUUUCACUACCACCUAUUUGAACUUUAAAACAAGCAUCUAUUUUAUAUUAUUCAGAAGCAACUGGUUACAUCCUUUCUAUACAUGUGCAGAGGUACACUUGAACACUUUAAAGUGUUUUAACAUGUUUUCUUCUUUUGGAAAGUAAAGCCUUCAGUUGUUGAAACACCUGCUGAUUUUUAUAUGAAGCACAUUAGCAAACAUGGAGCUAUUAGGAUUUCAGAAUUCACAACCAGCUGUACUUGUGACUAACCAACACGAGAACUAACUGAAGCUCACACUCUGCUGAGACCUUUGGUUGACAUUCGAUUUUGAACCUGCCAGAUGCAUUUGUGUGAACCAGGGAUACUGCAUCUUUAAUGAACAAGUCUCUCCUCUUUCCCCUGUUUUUAAAUACAACACAAGCAGUGUAGCACCAGGCACUGCAAUUGUCAAAGACAAUUAGACUGAAAGCAGGGAAAUUUCACCUCCCUGUCUCAGUGAUAUGUAGAAUGUCGGCAGCAUGGGUCAGCCUUGCCACAGAGUUCUGUGAGAAUAUAUGAAUCAGACCUAUAGAAUGUUAAAUAUUUAUAAAAUGGUUCUGUAGUACACCAAGGUUGGGAGCACAUUCAUUCCUUCUUGUUGUCUUAUGAUACAGA